AUGCCUGAUAAUAUUUCUCUGGAUUUGCAAAUUUUUGCCCUUCAGGAAAACUCUCUAUCCAUGUAUAAGGACAUAGGUCCAACCAAAGUACCACUUGUUAAUUUGUAUUUACUGAUAAACUUAUAUAUUUAUUCCUGUGUUUGUUCAACCAAAAAAACACAGACCCAAAUUCAGAGUAUUGCCAGAGGUGCUGUUCUCCAAAAGGAUGCCGUGACAGUGAUGGUGCUCAAUGCAAUAGACCCAUUUGUAUACACGCCAUCAGAACACGGAGUAAAAGAAAUGUUUCAUGCUACAGUUCAUGCUACAGUGGCUACUGUGAAUGAGUAUUUCCAUGUGAAAGUUUUCAACAUCAACCUGAAAGAGAAGUUCACAAAAAAGAAUGUCAUAAUAAUCUCCAAUUACUUCAAGUUCAAAGGAAUCCUAGAGAUAAAUGAGGCUUCCUCUGUGUUUGAAGCUGGUCCUGACCAGAAGAUUGAAGUCUUCAACAGUCUUAUCAGAAAAGCAAGUAAACCUCCCCAGAUUUCUGAUUUUCACAAGUAUGGCCCUGGAGCAGUGAUUUAUGGGUUGUUUACAUUACAUAAGAAAAAAGUGAACCCAAAGAACACAAUCUAUGAAAUAAAGGAUGAUGAUAAAAAUAAUAUAGAAGUUCUAGGGAAUGGAAAAUGGUAUAAUAUCAACUGUGAGGAAGGAGAUAAAUUUCGACUCUUCUGCUUUCAACUGAAAACAAUUGACAAGCAACUGAAGUUGGUGUGUGGUGAUCACAGUUUCAUUAAGGUCACCAAGGCUGGGAAAAAAAAGAACACCCACUGAGCAUUCAAGCCCAAAAGAUGAAGUAAAAAAUGGCUACCCACAAGGUCAAUCAAAUACUUUUAACAGUGGCGCUUUUAAAGUAGAGACACAAAGCAACUGGGAAUAAACAGCGGC